AUGGUGUCCCUGCUUAACACAACGAGUUUCAGCUUGAAAAUGUCGAAACAAACGAAAGUUUUCAGCUAUUUUCAGUGCAAGGAAGUUCAAAAGAGGUAAGGAAUGUUCUUUAUCUGAUUUAGGUUUAAGUCUUUCUUCUCUGACAAUCGGCAUCUAAGUUGCUACAGUUAAUUACAAUGCAUUGUUUGCCGUGUGUUUUUUCAGGCCAGAGCAACCGGAACACGUUGUCAAUGAAAGUGUCGUAGUGGAGCCAGCUUGCAAGCGAGUUAAACCCAACAAUGGUAAAGUUUCAUUCACAAUUCAUUCAAAAUGAACAUGUAUGAAUGCAGGGCAGGCUUUGUUUUUCUGUCUGAUACUUUUGUUUUUGUUCUUGUUGACGAUGAAUACAGACGUACACGACGGCGAUACAACAUCGGAGAUAGUCGAUAAGACACCAGCACCAGCAGCGGCCUCUGGUAAGUUUAGGUCGUUAUUUUUUUUGGAUGUUUUGAUAAAACUAGAGGUAAUACCGUAGUCACUCGAUAUUUUUUUAUCGAUAUAGGUUUGCUGGAUCUUCCAGAUGAAAUUGUUUUGAAAAUUCUUCAAUACCUACCGCUAUCAUCAGUCAUUCAAAGCUUGUCAAGGACAUGCAAGCGAAUAUUCCAGCUAUCCCAUACUGCUGUGUUAUGGAAACGUUUUACAUUACAGGAUACAGGGCGUUCUCCUUUCUACACGAGGCAUAGUUUUAAAGGCAUAUUUGAGAGGCACUGUAAACAUUUCCAGCAUUUAUAUUUCAACGGCGAGUUCGAAAAAGAUUUUUUCCUGUGGUUUACUAAUCGUAAUGUUACACGAACUUUAGGAAAUUGCUCAAAUCUUGUUAUUUUAGAUUUGUCAACAAAUUUUCACAUAAAAGGCGUUUCUUUUGUAGUCAAUCUGUUACAUUUGAAAGAGUUGUACUUAGAACAUUGUAUAAAUAUUGAUGAUGUGGUAGCCACUAGUGUUCUGAGUUGCGAUGCUUAUUUACAAGCUCUGGAAACUCUUAGUUUAAGAAUGUGCGAACAGUUCGACUCUGAGGAGUUGAUUGCUAUUGCACUCAGCCACCCUAGUCUUCGAAUAUACAAGAUAGAUGGUUGUUGUAAUCUCGAUGUCCUUUCAUGUGUUAGAAUUUUAAACUUCCCACGGUUGUCAUUGUCAGAGUUUGUCAUGACACCAGAUUUAGACUGUCAUACCAUAGAAGAAUGGAAUUACUUAGAAAACAUGUUUGAUGAACUAAGACUGUGCUGA